AGGAGCCAAAAUCGGAAUCAACAAAACCUAGAAUGGAAUCCAAUUGAACAAAACAAAGAAAAGAGAGAGAGAAAAGAAAAUUUUGGAAAUAACAAAGAAAAAGAAACAAAACAAAAAGAUUCUAUUUUUUAUUUUCUUGAAAAACCAACAAAAGUUUUGGUUUCCUCGUCAAACCCAACAUCACCAUUGUUUUCUUCGGAAUCUAAACACAACCCAUUAUUGUUACACACAUUAACAUUAAAAAAAAUUGGUCUUUCUUAUCUUUGUUACAAAAAUUGGGAUUUUUUUCCCAUUUUCUGGGUUUGAUGCAGAAAAGCAUUCUGCAACAAUUUUUUCAUCUGGGUUUAUCCAAUGAGAUAAGAAAAAUCAAAUCUUUUUCAUUUGGGUAUUGAUUGAUGAAUGUGAAUUAAGGGUUAAAGGUUAAAAAUUCAAAGUGGAUACUUUCAAGAGAAUGAGCAGGGAGCUGAAUGGCAUUGUAAAAGCAUGGGAAUUAACAGUUAGAAAAUCAGCAACUGCUAAGAAAAGGGCAAAUAGCAUUUUCACACCAAAAUCUGUAGCCAAUGUAGAUGAUGAAGAUGAUGAUGAUGAUGAUGAACAAUGUUCAUCAUCUACACUUGAGGUUUGUCAUGUUGAAAAGAUUUUCACCAAUGGUGAUUUUUACACAGGACAAUGGCUUGAAAAGUUUCCUCAUGGUAUAGGUAAGUAUCUUUGGAUUGAUGGUUGUAUGUAUGUUGGUGAAUGGAUUCAAGGUUUUACAAUGGGGAAAGGUAGGUUUAGUUGGCCUAGUGGUGCUACUUAUGAAGGUGAAUUCAAAACUUUUUAUAUGGAUGGUAAAGGGACUUAUAUAGGUUCAUCUGGUGAUACUUAUAAAGGUUCUUGGGUUAUGAAUUUGAAAAAUGGUAAUGGUAGUGAGAGUUUUCCUAAUGGUGAUUUUUAUGAUGGUGAGUGGAAAAAGGGUUUGCAAAAUGGACAUGGUAGAUAUCAAUGGAAAAAUGGGAAUCAUUAUCUUGGUCAAUGGAAGAAUGGUUUGUUUCAUGGAAAUGGAACAAUGAUGUGGCAAAAUGGUAAUAGGUAUGAUGGUUGUUGGGAAGAUGGUUUGCCGAAAGGGAAUGGUACGUUUCGGCGGUGUGAUGGUAGUUUUUAUGUCGGUGUUUGGAGUAAAGAUCCGAAUGAACAAAGUGGUACUUAUUAUCCGUCCGGUUCUUGUGAUAAUCAUCUUGUAUGGAAUCCUCAAGAGGUUUUCAAUAUUGAAUUGAGUGAUUGUAAGGUUUGUCCUUGCGAAGAUGUUUCGAUUUAUCCUUCAGAAAAGGUAUUGAGUAUGACUGUUUUAGAGGAAGAUAAUAAAUUGAAGAAACAUUCGUUACGCAGGAAAGGAAGUAAGUGUAAGGUAAAACCUAGAUGGAGUUCUGUGGAUGGAAGGCUUAGUAAUUUCAGCUCUGAAGAAGGGUGUAAUGGUUUUGAUGUAGGUAGGAAAUCUGCAUUUGGUGAGUUGGGAGGUAAUUCUGUUCAAAAUUGGCAUAAAUCGCCGCGGUUGACAAUAAAAGCUCCUAAAAAACAGGGAGAGACUAUAUCUAAAGGGCAUAAAAACUAUGAGCUUAUGUUGAAUUUGCAACUAGGUAUCAGACAUGCUGUUGGAAGACCUGCUCCAAGUACAUCUCUUGAUUUGAAGUCUUCUGCAUUUGAUCCUAAAGAGAAAGUAUGGACUAGAUUUCCAGCAGAAGGAUCUAAGCAUACGCCGCCUCACCCUUCUUGCGAAUUUAGAUGGAAAGACUACUGUCCGGCAGUGUUCAGGGCUCUCAGAAAGUUGUUUAAAGUUGAUCCUGCUGAUUAUAUGAUAUCAAUAUGUGGGAAUGACGCUCUUCGGGAACUCUCAUCUCCUGGAAAAAGUGGAAGCUUUUUCUAUUUGACGCACGAUGACCGGUAUAUGAUAAAAACCAUGAAGAAAGCAGAAGUAAAAGUUUUUAUAAAAAUGCUUCCUGCUUACUAUAAACACGUUCGAGCUUUUGAGAACACCCUAGUCACAAAAUUCUUUGGCCUUCAUUGUGUAAAGCUAACAGGAGCUGCACAAAAGAAGGUUCGCUUUGUCAUCAUGGGAAAUAUAUUUUGUUCUCAAUAUGUCAUCCAUAGGCGGUUUGACUUGAAAGGUUCAACGUUUGGUCGCAAUACUGAUAAACCUGAGGCAGAUAUAGAGCCAACAACAACACUUAAGGACCUUGACCUAAAUUUUAUAUUUCGGUUGCAGAAGUCUUGGUUUCAAGAAUUUUGCAGACAAGUUUCUAGGGACUGUGACUUUCUUGAACAUGAGAGGAUCAUGGAUUACAGUAUGUUGGUAGGUCUUCACUUUCGAGAAACAACUCCUAGAGGCAACGUUACACCUAGUGGUCGCAAUUCAGGAGCUUGCACCCCAUCAGCAUUUGAUGAUGGUGGCCCUCGUCUUUCAGGAGUUGAUGUUGAUCAUCUCAUUAUAGAUCCUAGUCGGUGGAUUCAAUUAGGUAUAAACAUGCCAGCACGAGCCGAAAUGGCUUUGCGAAAAAGCAAUUGUGAGACUCCCCAGUUGGUUGGAGAACCAACUGGGGAGUUGUACGAUAUUAUCAUAUUUUUCGGUAUCAUAGACAUAUUACAAGACUAUGAUAUCAGUAAAAAGCUUGAGCAUGCUUACAAAUCAAUGCAUUGCGAUUCGACAUCAAUCUCUGCCGUUGAUCCAAGACUAUACUCAAAACGCUUUCGUGAAUUCAUCUUCAGAGUUUUUGUAGAGGACACUUAAGGGUGUAGUUUUGAUGCUAACUAUUCAACUUGCAGCACAUGGCAACCAUGUAUAGUCGUAACGAAUCAACAGAGUUGCAUUCAGCACAUCGAUACGCAUACUCGUUUUGGCAACCGACACAUCAAAAAUGGAGGGUACAUUGGUGAGUUUUAAAUGUAUGUUGUAUAGCUUAUAUCAAUGUUGUUACCAAAUUGUAAAUGAAUCAACAAAAGGGGUAAGCAACAUUGGAAAGGAUUCAUUCUGUUACCAUUUUGUCUCAAAAAUGAGGCAUCUUGUAUUAUGUGCUGAACAUAGUGUACAAAAGAUGAGGUGUUGCACAAUAUGUGGUAAUUCUUAGGCAUGUUCCAUGAAUCAUGAUGCUAUAUAUGGUUUUUGGAUCUUCCAUGAACAUAACUUUUGUGUGAGAGAAUCGUUAUAAAGAUAGACAAAUUUUACAAA